GACAUAGCUCUUUACAAACCAGCGUGAACGGGAUGCUAGCUGUACAUCUGUUUUAAUUACACCCUAUCCUCUUAGCUAACUGUUUAUGUGAAGCGGAACGCGUUGGCAUUGAGAGUCAGUUCAGCAACGACGUAUUAAUUACUAUAACGGUCGGCUGUAUUCGUCGUGUCGACAAACCUAGGAGUAGUGCUCAUUUCUGUUACGGAUUUGGGAUCUUCUAAUCAUGGAUACACGUUUUUGUUGACCAAUCACAUCCUCGCACACGGGAAGACACUUUGAACUGUUUGCAAAUGAGAUCCUCGCAUCCUUGGAGGAACAGUUCUUGAACUAAUACAAGCUUGACGAGCACAGACGGGAUGACUGGAACGGAGAAAACUGGUGCAGAAGGACCUCCUCCAAAAUACACGUUGUGCAGCCUGUGGACUGAGUUCAGUCUGACUACGGGGAUUCAUGGAUUCAAUAAGAUCUCACCUUCUGGCCGAAUCAGCUAUCGCGGAUUGCUAUGGAUAUUGGCUAUAAGUGGUGCUACGGCGUUUCUCAUUUACAACCUGGUCAAGGAGUUUGGGGAUUACUACAGCUACCCCACCGCCACCAAGGUCACCAACAAGGUCCAGAGCUCCAUCGAGUUCCCCGCCGUCACCAUUUGCAACAGAUGCCCCCUCAACAAAACUCGUCUUAACGUUAACCCCCACAUUGAGUCGUAUUUUCAAACGUCAAGUCUUCUAAAAAGGUUCAAUAAACAGGGAACAUUUAACUUCACCGACAGUAGGUAUAGUGACCUUCGCCAGCCACUGUCUUUGGACUGGUGGACGAAUAUGUCAAUGGAUGGGUCUUCGUUGCUUCAUGAGUGUUACUUUGGAGGAGACAACAUCGACUGUGCGACCCAUUUCCAACCUGUGUUCACCGAUGAGGGUCUGUGUCAUACCUUUAACUUCAACGUCAGUGACAUUGUCAACGUUAACAACGCCGGCAAUGCUGCCAACUUCAUUAUAAUCUACAACAUCGCCCAGAGAUAUUACACUUACAGAGAAAACAUGGCGGCAGGGAUAAAGGUGCUGCUCCACAACCCAAGACACCACCCAGACGCGAAUCCCACUGUGGUGAUGGCCGCCCCAGGGUUCUCCACCUAUGUUGCAAUGCACAAGUCCGAGUACGUGUAUCUGCCCGAUCCCUACAUGGCAUUUGAUGAUACUACAUGUGUUGACACAACUAGUACCACGUUUGUGAACCCUCUCAAGCACUACUCCCCCUACACCUACGAUCAUUGCUUCAUGGAGUGUGUUCAAAUCAAGGCUUUCAAUGUGUGUGGAUGUGUCGGACCUGCUGAUCCACAGCCCGACGUCCCAAUAUGCUCCUUGGAGAAGCAGGAUACUUGUUACACAGCCUUUGUUCGUGAAAUGACCAAGAACAUCACAUUCGAGGCCGAGUGUGGGUGCGGCAUUCAGUGUAGAUUUGAGACGUUCACUGCGCAGGUGUCAUCGAGCGUGUUUCCCGCAGACAUCUGGUCGGCCUCAUUGUUAAACACCACUAAGGCGGAGAAUUCUGAGUUCCUGAGGAACAACUUCUUGGAGCUGAGAGUGUUCUAUGACAGGAUGAUGGUGACAUCCACAAAACAGCACCCACAGUACAGCCAAAGCACACUUUUCUCCAAUGUCGGGGGUCAGAUGGGACUGUGCCUCGGAGCCAGCAUCUUGACUAUCACGGAGAUCACGGAGCUACUGGUGUUCAUCAUCUUCUACCUAUGUGACAGGUGUAGAGGAAGAAAAGCCCGAAACAGAAUCAACAACUGGUAGACAAUACUACACAACCCCUUAAAGAUGGGGGCUUUAUUGUCAACAGAAUAACCCCGCUGCAAUAACGUUUGUGACCAAAAAUGUCUGUAUCGCGUAAAGUUUAUACCUCAUUUAAAAUCAGCCUGGGACUUCUGAAAUAAUCUUUGACCAUUAAGUGACUAAAGUCAGGAUCAGCCAAUGAUUCAUCGAAUACACCUGAUGAGGGGUUCUACAUUUUCACCUUAGACAUGGGGCUUAUUUAUUGCAGACUAAUUUGCACUUGCGUCAGCUAUUAUAGAAUAUUCUCACACAAUUGUAGUGGAUAUUCGAAAAUAACAGAUGAUUACAGAACGACAUAACAAUCAUCAGAACAUGAUAUAUAAUACUAUAAUCACUUUUAUGUCUGACCACAAGUGUAUACAUGUAGAUAUGAAGUAGAGUAUCUUCAUCCACCCCCACCCCACCCAAUUAACAUUUGAUUUCACCUGUGAUGAAAUAUCAAACAUUUAGAUAUAAGAUAUCUAUGUGAGAUGACAAAAGAUAUUUUAUGAUCAAAGAUCAUGCCAAAAAACAUGGUUUCCUUGAGCUAAUUGACUGAAAGGACAUUUAAAUAUAUUUACAUUCUGAAUUAUUACGAAGUUUAUUUUAAAUUGACCAUGUGUGGUCAAGGUUUUGAAAAAUAUAAUCCUUCUCCGGUGAUCACUUAUGGAUUUUCAAUGGUUUUCAUAUUUCCAUCAAGGUAUACAAUAUUAAAAUCAUCGACAAAAUAUGUCCCAUCAAUAUUUUCAUUUAAAUCUUAACAAGGCUGUUUCAUUUACUACUAUAAUGUCUGAUACCAUACCACAUUGAGGCACACCUGAUGAAAUAGCUCAGACCUUGUGGAGCCCACUCUGACCAAGUUCCUGUCUUAAAUAUGAAGUACAGCCGUGUAUGCCCAUAUCGUGGACUUUUCAAGAUCCAUAUUUCAAUGUUGUAUCAUGAACUUUCUCCAAAUAAUAGGGUUGCCUAUUAACAAAACUAUUACGUGCGAAGGAUUCUUAUCAGACAAGAUGAUCGAUGGUACUCCUCUGGUGUUAAACCACACUGAAUAUCUGUGAUCAGAUUAUUUGAUUCACGACACCAAGACGCCUGUUGAUCAUCCUGUAAAUGGUUUUAUAGAUAUAACUAGAGCAAUAGGUCUGUAAUCUAUGUGAUCCUUUACUGGUUUAGGCACAUGUCUUACAGUCGCCUUGUUGCAGGAAGGUUGGUUGGUUGGUUUGUUGUUUAACGCCGCACUCAGCAAUAUUCCAGCUAUAUGACGGCGGUCUGUAAAUAAUCGA